AUGAUAUAUGUUCCAAUCAUAUUUGAAGAAAGCGAUGCAGUAGAAGAGCACCAUGAUGGCCUAGUAAUAUCACUCCCAAUUGGGAUUUGCUUAAUCAAAAGGAUCCUGGUUGAUAAUGGAAGUUCGGUUAACAUCAUUAUGCUCGAUACAGUGAAACAUAUGAACAUUAAUGAGAAAGACAUCAUCAACAAGUCAACAAUGUUAGUCGGAUUCAGUGGAGAAACUAAGAAGACCAUUAGAGAGAUUACAUUGCCUACCUAUGCAAAAGGGAUCAAUCUGCAAGUGAAGUUCCUAGUGAUCGAUACUCUAUCAUCCUAUAAUAUAAUUCUGGGCAGACAUUGA